AUGGCUGAAUUAAAUCUAGAAAUCCUAAACACUGACAGCAACCCAACAUUCGCAGCUUAUAGGAUGGGCAAGCUUUGCUCCAGUAUCAUAGAUAUAACAGUGUGUUCAGCUUCUUUAAUAAAUAAGAUCAAAAAUUGGAGAGUUGAUGAAACAUUUAGCACUUUGUUAAACCAUAAACCAAUAUUAUAUGUGCUUAAUCUCGAGAAUUCUGUACCACAAAAGACGAUUACCAGCAUGCGAAAGUUCGAUACUAGGAAAGCUAACUGGGCAGUAUUUAAACAAGAACUAACGACAGAAUUAAGUAGCAACCAAGUAAAUAAGGAAAUUAUAGGAAAAAUUAAGACAACACAAGAUCUGGACAUAAUGAUAGAUAAAUAUACGCAAUGCAUUUCAUCGGCUUGUACUAAAGCGAUUCCCUUAAUAACCAAGCAAGCAAAGAAAGUAGCAGCAAUAUGGUGCACUAGAGAACUUAAACUUAAGAAAGAGGAAAUUAUUAGGAUAAGACGAAGAAUUCGGAAUGCGCACCCCAAGAGACGAAACUGUGUCAUAGAUCUCAAUCUCAAAGCAAGAGAAGAAUAUAUCUAG